AUGAUUCGACCAGCACAUAAAUCACUAAGAACACGCUCUCAAAUUAUUGGUAAAAAGGAAAUAAGGUUGUUGGUAGUUGGAAGUUCUGGAGUAGGAAAGACAACACUCUGUGAUUGUUUUUUUGAAAGUCAUCAAAGCCAAGGAGAAGAAACAAGAGAAAAACAUGUUCAAAUUGAUAAUGAUUUUAUUAGAAUUUCUAUUAGUGAUAUUGUUGGUAAACAAUCGUUUUAUGCAUGUGAUAAUCCAUAUGAUGGAUAUGACGUUAUAUUAGUAAUGUACGAUAUAACUGAGUUAAAAUCUUUUACUGAUUUAAAAACAAUGUGGUUACCAGAUAUAUUUUUAUAUUGUAAUAUUGAUACACAAAUUAUUAUUAUAGGAAAUAAAAAGGAUCAAGAGAUUGAUCGUAUUGUCACACGAAAAGAAGCAGAACAAUUUGCACAAGAUAGACUUUGUCAAUUUUAUGAGAUUUCAACGAAAGAUGAUUCUUGUCAAUUAUUAUUUGAUUGUAUUUCAAGAGAUUUUUUACAGUGGUUUGUCUUAUACACAAUAAAUUAAUCAACUACAUAAUAUUUAUUAUAUUAGUGAUAUUAAAAUUAGAAUGUUAA